CCGCCAACAGCGCGAUACUUCCGUCCGCCCGAGAAGUAGGAACAUCCGCGGAGCGGCAUCGCGAUAAGCGGCAAGGCAUAAAGCGGCCCGCCCGGCCCGUGCCCGGCCAUUCCAGUGCCUACCAUGGGCUGUGAGCAGAGCCAGCAGAGCGUCGGACACCCCGCCUUGGAUAAGGACACGCUAGGAGCUCAAAUGUUCAUUAAACGAAAUCGCAUCCACCCACAGGACACGCUCCACACCUGCCUGUUUUGUGAAAAAGAUCGGAUUAACCAGCAGAUGAAGCCCGGACAGGAGAAGAGCCUCCGGCCGGAGACCCCGACACACACGGCUCAGGACGAGGCGGUCAGCGACGAGUCAUCGGUGGAGCUGUCCGACAUGGAUGAGCGGACCGAGCCAGAGGACCAGCUGGACAAGAUGACGGCCUCCAGCCCCGAAAGACCCUCCAGGGGGCUCUGGCCUUUCGACGAGGACCCGUCCUCAGCAGCAGACGAGCUCUCCAGUGACGAGGCGGCCUCUCAAAGUUCCCCGGAGGCCGAGGACGACAGAGUGUCACCAAGCGUACAGAGCACAGGUGACCGGGAGCCCUCGAAGGGGGAGCAGUGCCUGCAGAACGAGGGCCGCACUGAGCCUGGGGGGCAGACACGUAUGGAUGCCUUUGCAUGCCCGGCGUUACCCCAGAUGGACACGAGCGCCCCGGUCCGUGACACCUGUGGUGUCACAUCAGAGGAGGCAGGGUCACCGAGAACGGAGCACUUUGGAGGUGAGCCGCAGGUCUGGCUGGCCGGGCCCACCAUGAAGGCGGAGGAGGAGGAUGAGGAGGAAGGUGGCCAGUCAAGACCCUCUGUGAAAGAGGAGGAGGAGAGACAAGGAGGUCCUGAAGAGCACAACUUGAUGAAGAAGGAGGAGGAUGAGGAGGAGGAGGAGGAAGAGGAGAAAGAGGAGGUGAAGGGAGCCUCCCCGAGCAGCGAGCACGACAGAGACAAAGGCCCAGGAGACAAGGAGCACACGUCCUGCACAAGACCCGGGCAAGACGAGGAAGAAGAUGAAGACGAGCAGGACCAGAGGUCACCCAUCGAAGAGGAGCCCGAGUCUCAGAAGGACAAAGUGACCUCACUCAGUCCUGAACCACAGGGACCGGCCAUAGGACAAGCGUCACAGUGUCUGGGACCCUCUGCCAGUGAAGACUUGCACACCGUAGACCCUUGGGACCUUUUAGAGGGCCACACGUCACCCAGAGAGGACCAAAGCGCAGCCCUGGACACACGCGGCGAAGACGGAGGAGAGCGUCCAGCGAGUGACACGGAGAUGGCAGAUGACCCCCUGAGGGGUGUCCAAGGCGACCUCCAGGCCUUCUCUGACCACAGCGAGUCCCCGAGCGACGAAGACAAAGACGACGACGAGGACGACCUCCUGCUGGACCAGCGGCCGCCCGCUCCCGGCCCCAGCCAGCAGAGGGAGCCCAGCCGGACCUCGUUUGCGCGCGGCGACUCGAUGGAGAUCAGGUCGAGCGCCUCUGCCGGACACCUGGACGAUGACAGCGAGGACGAGGACGAGGACGUGAGCGCGCCCGAAGAGGACGGCUCGCUGGAGCACAUCGAGCUGCUCAGGAGGAAGAGCGACAGGGGCGACCGGGGGGCCGGCGACGACUGGAAACACAAGCGCGUGCUGGACAUGCAGAGGAAGCUGCGCCUCGAGCGGGAGAGCAACCUGGCCGACCUCAAGAGCCUCGUGCAGAGCUGCAUCCUCAUGAAGAAGCGGCUCUCCCGAAAGAGGGUCUUCAUGGAGGUGGAGCGCGAGACGUGACGCGGCGCGCCCCCGAGUGCCGGACACGGACUGAACGCACACGCCGCGGGCCUCAGAUGGCACGCAAGUCUGCCCCAAGCCAGCCGACCUGAGGGACACGCUUCGUUGAAAGGCGCUGUAUGGGACUGGCUGCACACUCACACACACACACACACUCACACACACACACUCACACGUCAUUGAAUUUUAUAGCGCAGUGGCCGAUAGCGCCGCCCUGUCUGGCCCCUCACGGAGAGAACAAGUGUAAUAUAGCGCCUUUCCUACAAUCGCCAGGCUCCACUUGCAGACUCCCGACACAUCGGACCGCGCGAUCAGGCUUUAUAUAGCGCCUUUUAGGACAGCACAGGCACAUCCAUUGACGAAAGUUAAAGCAGCGAAGCAGGCGUUCAUUUGAAGCACGAACAGAAACGGACGAUGGUUUAUACAGCGCCUUUCACCGACACGCUACACGAGAGUUAGGUUAUAUAGCGCCUUGUGGCGAGGAGCUUGACAGGCUACCCUGUCGCCUUUCACAGACUACGCCAUCGGAUGAAGGAGCAGAAAAAGAAUAAAAACAAAGCUCUGGAAAUGACCCUCUAUCUUAUAUAGCGCCUUUUGUGGAAAGUGCUGUCCAGUGUAAGUUAACAAAGCAAACGUAUAUAGCGCCUUUCACAGCUCAUGUGAACACGAGGAAGGCUCUUGAUGGAAAACCAAGUGAGACUUCAGUCAGACUGUAGAAUAUAUAGCGCCUCCUGGUGGGCAACAAGACCAUAAAUGUUACAAGGCGAUCAGGCUUAUAUAGCGCCUUUCAUAGAUCACGCCAUCAGAAGGAUUAGAGGGCAAUCACAAGCAGUCUGUAUUCCAUAUAGCGCCUCCUGUCAAAAGUGCUGUCCGAUGGAGGUUACCAAAGCAGACGAGACUUUCCUUUAUGUAAUAUAGCGCCUUCCGCUAAGGGGCACAAAGAUAAAGAAAGAAAGGGAAUCCGUGCUCCGGUGAAGCCCAGUGCUGGGCUGGCCACCCAUCCCAGGUUCGUUCCUGCAAAGCUGUGAUGUGAAAGGGUGGACGGACAGACGGAUGAAUGAAUGAGUGGAUGGACAGGUGGGCGGCCGGACACACUUGCUGCUGCUGCACUGCACUGGCAGACUGGACGUGAGGUUGUUGAAGAGAAGAGCGCCAUCUGCUGUCAACACCACAAACCACCGCACGUGUGGACCUUCAAAUUCAGGACCCCCAGCCCACUCACCACAACGAGUGAGAAUUCCUGACACAAACGACUUGCAGAAAAGGUUCAGGCUGUCACUGUGGUGCGCCAUCUGCUGGACCGAGUCACCAAUUGGUCACCAUGAGGCAGUUGGAGGAGCGGUGGCAUUGAGAACAACCACUGAGCAAGCUGCAAGACGAGGAACGGCUUCUCAUUAGGGUAUAGCUGCUUAGGGUGGUCUGCCUCAGCUCUUCAGUCACCUCACCAAACAUCAGGACCGGCCUCAUCAAUGCAGAUCAUGGACUUGGGUAUCCCUGGCGCACACAGGCAUUAUAUAGCGCCUUUCACUCACAUGUAUACCACUACUGCGUCAUUAAGUGAAGCCCCUGGCUGUGAAAGGCGCUAUACAGAAUUAUGGUAAGGAUGUGUGUUGCUUAGGAGAGGUCACCGAUGGACUGUCUUGUGAUGUCAUACCCCAGUUCUCCUGAUCGCUGGACAGACCUCAUGUGGUGGACCCCUGGACAUUUGUGCCCCACGUCAUCGUCAGUCCGGACACUCCAAGCAGGCCGCAUGGCCAUUCGGUCCACUCGAGGCUCGAUGUUGAAGUCACUCUUUGCUGUAAGGAUUUGGUGACAGCAGGUGCUAUAAAAGGCGCUAUAUACGCCACGAUUGUAUGCCCACUGUAUAGAAUAGAAGAUUCCUUUGUUUCUUGUUGCUGGUCUUGUGCUCAUUUCUCACAAUAUGACAAGGCCUGCCUGAUUAUGCCGUACCACCCUAGUGAUGCUCGCUGUGCAAGGUGCUAUAUCAAUGAGUGCGUGACUGGGGGGGUUGGCAUACGGGCACUGCGUCUGUAUGGUCUUACCACGAAGCUCCACUUGCAGCACAUUCAGUGAUUUGGUGGCCGAGUCCGUGACGCCUCUCCUGGUGUCCUCGAGCUUUGGGUCAUUGAGUGACCAAAUGAGGGGCUUGUUCUGUUCACAUAGGCAGACUGGCAUGUUUGGUUCUACCUACCCAGCAGGGCAUCUAUCCUGCCUUGUGCAUUAACCAGGUAAAAAGGUGGGUGGGUGGACAGGGCCAUCUGCUCCACCUAACUGCGGUCUGGGGGACCGCCUUUCACAUCACAAUUGAGAGUCGAGGGUCACGAUGGUCCAAAACAACAAUCCACCAUCGAAUGGUCAAGCAGCAUGGUAUCGCCAGCCAGAAGCAUGGCAGCUCCUGAGCUGUAACCCCGCCGGGGACACCACAUCGAUGCGGCCCCUCAUCGGCCAAAUCCACGCGCGGCUCACAAUCUCUAAAGCUGCUCCCUAAAUGUGCAAAGUGCCCCUCACUUGGCAAAGUGCUCAAGUGAGGGGCAGAGCUGGCACCAAUCAUGGUCAUGAUGGUGAGCUAUAAAAUGGAAGGAUAAAGAUGUGUAGGCUCUGCAGGGGGCAUAGCGUAGAUGGCAGGACCCACAAUAAGCGCUCCUCCCAAAACUCACUCCUGGCGUCCCGCCCAAGGGUUGCUGUUCCUGACUUGCCAGUCAUGAGUACAACGAGAAGAAGUGGCUGUCGAGCUUCGCCUCCCCAAUCAGUUCAUGUGGAUGUCACAAUGCCACCUUAAAUACCAUCUGUGUGACGGUGCAAUGAGAUUACAGUUGUCAAGAAAUUCCAAAUCAAAUGGCGAUGUGAUGAUGUCACCUUCACACGUACAUCAGAAUGUCAAUGUCAUAAAAACACCUCCACAGACAAACACGCUGCCACCUUUCGACCAACGGGCACUAAAUGUUGGGACGAGGAGCUCCCCUCGGCUCCCUUAUUCACCUGCUGGUACCAAGAGCCCUCUGACCCCCUGGCCGCUCAUCGUCCCCUGCAACGUCAAACUGAUCAGGACACUCGGUCUGACUCCCGAUUGCCCACCAAGUUGUCCACCUCGUCCUACGUGCAACUGCGCUGAGCCUCAGGAGGAGCCAAAGUGUGACUGAAACUCCACGGAAGAACAGCAGAAAGGCGCUAUAUGAGUGGCCAGGGGUCCGUCCUGGACUCCCAUCUGUAAGUCGCCUGGACAGCUAAAUGAAUAAAGAGAUGUGAAGCGGAAUUGUGCACUGUGAUGCCUUCUGCUUUGGAGGUCGGUUGGCAUAAAAAGCUGGGCACAGAGGAGGCACGCAUGAUGUGCCUCCAGACUUGCACAGUUUCUCCUUCUCAACCCACUUAUUUCAGUGCAGGUUUGAAUGGUGCCAGAGCCCAUCAUGGCACUCUCUGGACAGGGUGCCAGUCUAUCACAGGGCAUACAAGUCAGGGAUCCAAGUGGCUUUG